CGCGGGAGUAGCUGUGUUCCACUCAAACGCAUUUGAGCCAAACAGGCCGAGCUGAUCGGACGUACAGUCCAGUGACGUGUAGCUGUGAUACCGUGAAUUUUGUGAUAUAUAUAAGUUAUCAUACAACAGAGAGAAGAUGUUGAAAAAACGCAGUAAAAUACGCAAGAGAAGGUGACAUCGAGUGUGAACAGACUCCAUCAACGUAUAAUACUCCGAAAAUCCUCUUAGUUUAAGUGCUGGGACUAUUUAAACAUCGAACUCAGUGCAACGACUGGCUGAAAAUUAUUUACACAGUGAGGCUAUUGGUGGAUUAUAAAAAAAUAAUAAAUUGUGCUUUUCCAUUGGUGAAAUUUGAAAAAAAAACUGAAAUUGUGCAUCACUGAUUGGUGGAAAUUCUUGAUAAGCAUAGUGAAGCAUUCGGUGGCAAUUUGUAAAGGAACAAUUGUGUUGAGAUCGCUAGAUAGUGUUAUGCCAUGGAUUUGCACGCACCCCUCGUUGUCCACGGGUAUGAGAGUCAUGCGCCGCUGUUGGAGGUCGAGGGUCUGGACCCCCACAGUCCUCAGAAGGUGCUCAUCCACGCGCCCAUUCAGGGCCAGGAGAUGAUGAACGAGCAUCGGAAUGGAGAGUUUGAUUUCACAGACGAGCAGUUCCACGCGCACAGCAGCCAGAGCGGAGAUGGUCAUGGCGGGGUUAAUCAAUUAGGUGGAGUUUUUGUUAACGGGAGACCUCUGCCGGAUGUCGUGCGUCAGAGAAUAGUGGAGCUCGCCCACAGCGGAGUCAGGCCCUGUGACAUCAGCAGACAACUGAGGGUGUCCCAUGGAUGUGUCUCCAAGAUACUGUCACGGUAUUACGAAACGGGCAGUUUCAAGGCCGGCGUGAUAGGGGGCUCGAAACCUAAAGUGGCGACUCCGCCUGUGGUAGACGCGAUCGCGGCUUACAAACGAGAGAAUCCAACGAUGUUCGCCUGGGAGAUAAGAGACAGACUCCUCAGUGAAGGCAUCUGCAGUCAAGACAACGUUCCCAGCGUGUCCAGUAUUAAUAGGAUCGUUCGCAACAAGGCAGCAGAGAAAGCAAAACACGCACACAAUCAACAGCAGCAACAACAGCAACAGGAACAAGAAAUCAGCUCAGCGCAGGGCAGCGUAGUAUCAGUCAUAACGCAUUCUGGCAAUGCACCGACAACUGCGGUGCUGUCUCCUACCACGGAGCAUGUGAACAACACGGGGAGUUACAGCAUCAACGGAAUCCUGGGUAUAGAGCAGGUGGACGCCUUACAUAACGGAAACACCCUCAAGAGGAAACGCCACGAGGACCAAGAUGAAAACAGAGAUUUCAACAGUCACUCCGAAGACGACGUGAAGAGACAAAGGAGUCAUUACAACGGUGACCAGAUAUAUUCCAACCUCUGGUCAUCCAAGUGGAGUCUGAAGGAUGAGUACAAGUUGCUGUCUGAGCUGGGAGGCUCUGCUGGUUAUUACGGAGAACUAUUCGACGCACAAUAUGAUCACACACACCACUACACCACGCAUUCUGCAGUCCCCGCCAGUGAUUCAGGCUCGACUGCUGCGGGGGAACCUCCAUCAGGAGCGGGCAGCCCGGACGCCGCGGCGCUGGUUGUACUACAACCACCAGCUGCCUACCCCCCAUACGCGCACUAUGAUGGUACAACUACCCUCGCCAGCGAGUACGCAUACGCGGCACCCUACUCACAAUACUCCUACGGACCUUAUGGUCACUCCGCUACAGGACUUCUAUCCAAGUGAUAUCACCGGGCGCCGUGAGAGCAGUAACUUCCGGCGAGCCACAACGAAAGACAGUGAUAAAAGUGACAUUAAAAUGUGAGAAUUUUUUAGUUAUCCUUAACAUUUAGUUAAUAUCCAAUAUAAUUAGAUAAAUAUGUGUACAAUGUUAUUAACUACAAUAAUUUUUCGUGGUCAGUAUCGCUUCCGUUUCCCUGUGUUGUAACAUUGUUUUAUACUCAUUAUAUUAUGUAUUUCAUUAAAAUUACGAGCCAAAGUAUUGAUAAUAAUUCUAUAUAUAAUAUAAGAUGUAAAUAUUGUAAUUUGUUUCACUGUCAGGAUUAGAUUUAAGAUUAUUUCCCAUACCUCAACUAACUAAUAGUGAAUGUUUCGUGUAAUUAUUCGUAACAUUCAUUUUGCUCUGUCAAAGCACAACGCCGCGCGCCACGUUGUUAAUGAUUUUUUUUUUCUAUUACCAUAUAAGUUAUUUAUUAUCUGUAUGUCGUUACGUUAUACUAUGCUUGAAACUAUGAAAUUAAUAUAUGCUUACAUAUUAUAUGUAGAUUUUGAAAUUACUAUGAGAUUAUAAAUGUUUUCAUUUUUUACUUUUUUAUAAUAACUAGCCUCUAGUUUUGUUUUAUGAUUUAGAAUUACGGAUUAUAUGUUCAAAUGUAGAAAAUUUUAUUUUCAUUUAUAUAUCAUGUAUCGUUCUUAUCAUUUCCGUCCAUUCGUUUAUUUUGUUUGUACAUAUAUAUAUAUAAUGAUGCUGUCUCAGUUCUGUUAAUAUAUUUUGCAACAUACAGUUUAGUGGUAUGCCAAAGAUAUAGGCGUCUUUACAUUCAUUUUCUUGUAGAAUCUUUUUAUAUGAUGUUAUGAUUUUAUAAGCCAAGCAAAUUGUGGACUUGUCUCGGUAUUAUUUAACAUAGUUGUAUUGAAUACUAUAUAAUUUAAUGUCUUGCAUGUCCUUAAUUUAGCAUUUGCAUGUUGAUAUGUAUAAAUAUGUAAGGUUGGAAUCGCAAAAUCAAAUGUCAAUAUAUAAUACCGUGAUCUGUACAGUUAAUUCAUAUAAAUAACUCAUAUAAAUGUAUAAUUAACUAUUGCGAUUAUGUUCUGACGUGAUUAUGACCUUGAAAGUCCACUGUAAAAUUCUCAUACUUACAAUAAACGUAUAAUUUUCUAUAUAUCAGUGAACUAUACUUUGCUUUGACCCGAAAGCAUAUCGAUGUAAGUGAUACACGUCAUAAUAGUAAGUUAUAAAUGUAAUAGGUUCAUUUUAUUUUUUAUUAAGUAUAUUUGUAAGACAAACGCACCAGUACGAAAUAAAGGCAUAUGAGUUUUUAAUUAA